GAGUGCAAUAGCUGGUUGGUUAGUAGAAAUAAAAUAUACUUUUUUUUUUCAAAAGAUAUCAUAUAUUGAUCAAAACAGAAGAUAGUUACACCCUGGAAACCAGCCAGGUAUGGAAAUCAAAGAAGCGACUCAUAGUCGGAUACAAAGAGAGGGCUUUCCUAGCUACCAAGUAGAAAUAAAAUAUACGAAGCAAAGAUAAAGUAACAAAUUAUUGAUGAAAGAAAAGAAAUCCACUUACCUUUCUCGUCUCCUUAUCCGCGUGUAGUACUUAGGGGUGAACAAACACACCCGUAAACCGACCCAUCCUUUUCUUGUGUACAAUUUUAAUAGAAUAACAUAUUAUGGAUGCAUUCAUUUAUAACCUUUUUAGUCUAUUUCAACAAAUGUCGUGAAAAAAACUAGACAUAUUUUUAAGUAAAUCACAUUUUAUUAAAAUUCAAAGAACAUUUGUGAAUUUUGAUACAUUUCACCUCGGUUUAUUUGUUUGAAAUUUUAAUUAGUUAUAAAAUAUUUUUAUGGUGUAGAAUAAUUACAUAUUUUGUGUUGGGUUGGGUUGUUACUUAUAAAUAUUGUCAACCCGACCCAACCCAAUUAGAAAUAAACCGUAUGGUUUAAGUUUUUUGGGUGGGUUUUGGUUUAAUAUUUCCCAAACGGUAGUGUAUGGGUCGGGUGAUUAAAAUGGCUAAACCCAGACCACCCGACCCAUGUACACCCCUAAUAGUACUAGGGUGAAGGGGAUGUGGGUGGCAAAGAGGAAGAGUCGAGUGGUGAUUGGUGGAAGGAAAUGGAAGACAAAUGAGCAUUUGUCUUGCUCACUAGAAUGAAGGGACCAAGAUUGUCAACCCGAUUUAGCCCGUUGAUCCGGUCGAGAUAGUGGGUCAAGGGUUAAUGGGUUAACCGCUUUAGCCUGGUAUAACCCGGAUAUAUAAAAAACAUAAUAUUUUAAUACAUAUAUUAAAUAUCAAUUGUUAUAUUGUGAUGCAGUGGGAAAUAAACUAAUUUUAUGUUAAUUAAAAAAAUCAAAGAAAGCUCAAAUCUAACUAAAACCCUAGUAAUUCCUUCUUUCUCAAAAGUCAAAUCCCACCAACUUCCCAUCACUCAUCAGACUCUCCGCUCUCCGCCACUUCUCAUUGUGGCUCUGCAGUCUCCCAUCACUUCUCUAGUUCUCUCUCUUGUAGCAAUAGCAGAGACAUGCAAUCUAUCAAUCUUCUUCUCUCUGUUUCACAUCAAAAAAUCAUUUGCUUUGGUUUGUUAUGAUUUCCGAAAAUAACCAGGGAAGGGGCAUUUCAAGCGGAGAUGGUGCAUGUCGAGAGGAAACGGUGGAUGUAGGGGCUUUUGUUUCAUGGGCUUUUGGAAUCGGCAGACGUCGCUGACGUUAGCUUCGAUCUUCUAUCAUUCGAACCACCGGCGAAUUCCAAAGCGUGCAGCCAAGAUCCACCGGCGAACUGGCGGAGAGAAGAUAAGGAGAUCGAUUUCGCAGCGAAGAGGACGGAAGGAGAGGCAAAAUCCCAAACGACAACAGAAAGCCCGCUGGCCCGCACCCUUGGUCCAACCGUCCGGGUUUGGCGGGCUUUACCGGGUUUGACCGGGUUGACCGGAUCCGGGAGGAUGCUAAACUGGGUUGCUGGCGCCCGUUUUCGUGGAGGGGUCCAGGGCUGGAAUACAGACAUACCCAGUUGACCCGAACUGCUGCUUUCAAGAACAGAAAAGGGAAAAGUUUCGAAGAUGGGGAAGAUGGUGGCUCUCAGGUCUCUAUAUCGUGCAGCUUCUCGUAGAUCUUCGAUAGGCUUCGCAGCUGUUGCCGGCAACCAGCUCCUUCACCAUCAGUCAGCUCCUCGAUCCCUGUUCACUCUCUCUUCCGCCACCGCUUCUGCGGAUCGCAUCGCUUCCGGUUCUCGGUCUCCUUUGGCAAUCAAUAUUGGUAGCAAAAGAUCUUAUAGUGAGGAUGUGGCACACUUGCCCGAGAUUAAGGACCCUGAUGUCUUAUGUGCUUUCAAGGACUUGAUGGCUGCAAGUUGGGAUGAGCUUGAUGCGACAGUCAUCCAUGAUGUGAAGAAUGCUCUGUCGAAGAACACUGAUGACAAAUCUGGUCAAGAGAUAUUGAAGAAUAUUUUCCGGUAAUCUGAAGCUGUCAAAGAAUUCAGUGGGAUGGUCAUGUCUCUAAAGAUGGAGCUAGAUGACAACAUUGGGAUGAGCGGCGAGGUAUGCUCAUGGUUUUUCAUUUGAAAUUCUGAGUUCUAUAUUUUGUAUUCGUCAAAUGGUUCUUGAAGGUUAAUAAUAGUUUGUAAAAAUGUGUGGCACAGGAUGUAAAACCGCUAACAGAUGAUUAUGCAAAGGCAAUCCGCAUGUUUUUUGAACGAUACUCUGCGUAUUUGGAGUCAUUUGGACCUGAUGAGGCCUAUCUGAGAAAGAAAGUAGAGAUGGAAUUGGGUUCAAAGAUGAUAUUUUUGAAGAUGAGAUGUGCUGGCCUCGGAUCAGAGUGGGGCAAGGUAUUAUGACUUGCUCAAUUUUACUGAAUGCUAAUUAACUGAAAUUUAUGAUUUAGAUUAUUGCUCCCUCAAUCUAGCACCUUUUGCUUUUAUGGGUUUCUAGGGAUGUUUUCUUUCCAUCUGUUUUGCCUCAAAAUGCUUCAUGCAUUUGCAUAUUGGUAUCAUCUUCUUUUUAGCGAGAUUAGCUCGUCAUGGCUUUUAACAUUUUAAUGAUGGUAACUGUUUUGAAUCCCAUGGCUUACUAGCUUUUAUCUUUUCAGUUGUGCCUCUUGAACUGUACUUGGCUGUACUUUUAUGCAUAUUUUGAAAGCAAGCCUAAAUCACUUGGUCCUGUUUUUGCAGGUGACCCUGAUUGGUACUUCUGGACUUGCUGGAUCUUAUGUUGAACAAAGAUCUUAAAGUCCCGGAAUCUGUGAUCCGAUUUGGCUUAGUUGCGAAAGUUUUUCUAGCUUGGAAUCUGUGUUUGUCGAUGGUUUCUAUCAAGUUGCUGAUCUUGGAAACCUUUUAAAGUGGAGUUCGAUUGUAGUUCAAUAAAAGCUUAGGGCCUGUUUACUUUCAUUUCUGUUUCGUGUUUUUCGUGUUUUUGAGAAAACAGAUGUUGAAAACAGGUGAAAACAAUAUUUUGUCGUUUCCGAAAACAGUAGGAAGUUGCCACUUUCUGUUUUCAUAGUUGGAAACGAAUAGAAAACAGAAUGAAAAGUAAACAAGUUUUCUCAUUUCGGUUGCCAAAUUUAUCACAUGAAAACAGAAAACAGGAAACGAAAAUGGAAGUGAACAGGUCUUAGCUAUUUCAAGAUUUGCAUUGAUAUAAUACUGUUCACACGUCAUUUCAGUUCCAUUUAGCUGGAAGCAAAGGUUUCUUCUAGCAAAUAAGGCCGGCGACUUUUUUUUCCUUGUGUUGGUGAAUGAUAUCAUCCAAGUUGGAAAACGAUCGAUUUAAAAAUAAUAAGAAAGGAUCUGUAACUGUAAUCCUGGUUGUUUCCUUAGCAGAUCAUCGAAAACUAUCUCAUAGAAUAUUGAUGUUCGUACAAUGAAUUUCUUUAUGGAAU